UGGAAAAUAAAACAGAAAAGGACUGAUAAGCUGAAAACAAUAAGAUUCAAACACCACCGUUUUCGCUCUGUAAUCUUUGGCGGUCGUUCCACUUCUUUGGAACUGUAUCAUAAUCUCAUUUCACCGGAAUUCGUUUAUUUCCCCCCCGAUUUCUGAUCUUCCUCUAAAUGGGCUCUUGAUCAGGGGCCUCUUUUGAGUUUUGUGCUAAUUGGAUCAUAUGAGGUGGUUACUCGGUUCAUUGGGCGAUUCACAUGUACAAUUGCUGGUGGAUUUUAGCGAAUUGAAUUCUUUUACGCAUAAGCCUGUCAAUUUAUCACAUUGGAAUUCCAGUAAUAUAGCAGAGGGAGGCUACUAUGGCCGAGGGACUCGAGCAGCUUAAACUUAAGUUCAGAAUCUUUGAUGGGACAGAUAUAGGUCAUGGUUCCUAUUCGCCAUCCGUCACUGUUGCAACACUUAAACAAAGACUUCUUUCCGAGUGGCCUCAAGAUAAAUCAGUAGUCCCAAAGUCGGUAAAUGAUAUGAAAGUAAUCCAUGGGGGAAAAGUUUUGGAGAAUGACAAAACACUUGCCGAAUCUAGAGCGCACACCAGUGACCUUCCUGGUGGAGUUAUUACAAUGCAUGUUGUUGUACAGCCAGCUGUUGUUAAGAAAAAGACAGGUAAAAAUCUAUCCGGGAAUCAAAUACAGUGCUCGUGUUCCUGCACUAUCCUUUAGGGCCUGUCUGUAAAGAGCUUCACAAUGGUGAGGCUAUCUUUCCUUGCUUUUUUUUGUUACUUCCAUUGAAAUAUAAUAGUGCACGGGAGCAUCAACGAUGGAAAGGUCGUUGAGAAACGAAACAAAUUGGCUUCUAUAAGUUGAAACAUUGCCUUCAUACGUCACGAUGUGGAUCUAGAUUUCUCCCCGCUCUUGUUUACUUAUUCAUUUAUUUGUCUAUUUAUGGAUGUAAUUAUCUUUCAAUAAAUUAAUACCUUUACUUCUA